AUGGGGAGGAGUGCAGAUGCAGAUACUCUGACUUCUGUAACAAGUGAAGAGACCAAUUCAGACAAGUUGGCUCUGGCCUCAGCAACCAAGUAUCGUAAAGCUACUCAAGAGGUCAAAGAUUACGAGAUAUCCAUAGAUGGAGUUGAUGUUGAUGAAUGGGCCAAGUCUGUACCGGAUGAUGGGUCUGCAGGUGAACGAAGUCCUUUUGAUAGAGUGGACAUCCUCACUAAGAGGAAUACAACAGUCACUACUCUGAAGGAUUCUCCUGCCUUAGAUGAUGCUAUUGGUUUCUUUGAGACUCAUCACUGUAUCAUGCCAACAAAUGGUCCGUACAAACUACAUCCUGGACAAGCUUCUGAUCUUGAUUGGUUGGAAUGUAACAUGGCUGGUCUAUUUGAUUUAGAUCCUGCCCAUGUACCACAACUUAGACCACCAGAUUUUGAAGCUUACAAGUCAGGCAGGCAACCAUCUGUUCUGUUUGUUCCUGAAACGCCUAUCAACUUUGUCACUGAGUCUACUCCACUGCGAGACAAACCCAUAGACUUGACUUAUAAGUUGUCACCCUCUGGACCUCGACACAGCACACACUGCAGAACACAUUCUGAGGAUGGAAGGUGGAACUCAAAGGACAACUCUGCAGAACCAGGCCCACCGUCUCAUGAUCCAAAUGCUCAUGAUCCUGUCCUGACAAUGGAACCAAUGUAUAAGAACUUGAGCUCUGCAAUGAAAUUGCAUGAACGCAGCUGGGAACGCCUGCGCAAGUGGUUGCCCAAGCUAGAUAUCCAGAAAUUAUUUCUGUGGACUAUUGUCUAUCUAGCUAGAUCUCCUGUGGAGGCCCACCAUGAACACAAAUAUCAUCUCUUGGCGUCAUCCCUAGAGUCUAUUUGUUACAUGUUAGGCACAGUAGGCAACGUGGAACAUCCUGGAUGCCACAUGACCUACCAAUUUCUGUUUCUAGAAAGGAACAACUUUUUGUUUCCUUCAGAAAUCUGCUCUGCUCAAUCACCUACCAAGCUACACAAACGUCUUGAUCUACCUGAUGGGGAGGAACUCACACUCCCUACAAUAAUCACCUCAAUUGAUCUAUCUGAUGGGGAGGAGUUGGCACCCCCUACAAAAAUCAAAUCCAGUGACAAUCAGACCAUUAAGACCGUUGUUUAUUCUAGUGAGGAUGAAUCAGGUAUAGAAGACGUUCUGCUAGGAAAUUGGGACCUCAUUGGACAAACUUUCCUUCUCUCACCAGAUGAAAGUUAUGUUCGACGUGCUAAGAUUGUUGAGCUUAACUACAAGCACAACCGCAACAAGGACAUUGAGCCUGCACAUAUUCAACUAUGCCUGAACAUUGACAAAGGUGAAUAUGAACGUGUCAUGGCUUACCGUAACAUCCACAAGUGGUCAGAAAUUGACACAGACACCCCCAUUGUUUGGAAUCUCAAGUGGGUUGUAUGCUGCCAUCACUACAUUCGACUUGAACACCCUUCUUACCUGGGUCUGACCUUUUGUAUGGCCAUUGGAUGGAAACAUGGGGAGAAUACUCCAGAAGCACUGAGCAUCACUGGAGCCGACGACUCAGUGACCUACACUAUACAUGCCAGAAAUCACAACCUGUUGGAAAGUCAAGGUUUUAAACCUCUUGGAAAUAUAGUCAAGGACAAGAAGAAACUUCUUUGUCCAUCCAAUCAAGUCAAGCUGAGAUUGCUACACACUACUUCACCAAAGUGUAUGUUGAAUGGAACCUCAAUUGAUUUCUUAUCUAAGGAGCAGCCAACUGUUGAGACUGCUACUUAUGAUUCUGAGCCUGUAGCCACUCAAACCUGUGCCAAACAGAUCAUGGAUCUCCAACAAACCUUGAGGUACCUUGGUGUGUCGAUCAGAGGUCAAAGCUACAUGUCUGGUGACAAUGAAUCUGUCAUGAACAGUUCUUCCCUACCUGAAGCGAAGCUACACAAUCAAGAUGUUGCAUUGUCAUUCCACCGUGUGAGAGAAGCAGUAGCAGCUAACAUGCUAUCUAUUAUCCACAUUGACAGUGCUCUCAACCCAGCUGAUAUUCUCAGCAAACAUUGGGGUGAUCAGCAAAUCUGGACACUACUACUGACUCUAAUGUUCUGGUCUGGGGAUACUGCUGAACGAGAGGACUAG